CAUUAGUUUAUGCCAAUUAUAAAAUAACCAUUGUUUUCACAUUUUAUUACAGUAUCUGUAUAUAUACACAUACAAAUACUUGCAUAAAACAUCAUUGCAAUGGGUAAUUUAUCUUUUUUUGACAUUGUUCAUUAACGUUUCCAUGUUAUAUAUAUAUUUAUACACACACUUAUAAUUUAAUAAAUUACAUCAAUAUUUUUAAUACUUAUACACACCUACACUACUGCUCCAGAAUUCAUUCAUAAAUUCAUACAAAACAUAAAAAUACAUUUGUAACACGUUAGUUUUUAAAAACUUAAAUAUAUGCAUGUUUAAAAUAUAGAUAGAUUAUUUAGUUCAUGUAUUUUCACAGAAUUAGAAAUAUCGUUCAACUUUAAUGCUUAUAUACCGUCAUACAUAUAUUUGCAUCUACAUGACUUUUGACCUGUAAAGCUUCUAUAAACGUUUCCAAAUCAAUGUUAUUUUUGAAGCGUUUGUUACCCAGGAUUCCCUGUCGAGGUUUUAGUCGGAGAGAUGCAGCACAAUAAUCCUUCACCAGGACGUCCUGAAGUUUACUGGAACACUGAAGGAACUGGUUCAGAGAUCUCAAAGUCUCAAACAGUGAACAGAAGGACUGCGAGUCUCUGAAAUGACCUCCUGAUGUUUUUAAGACAGCACCUGUCUGCCGUCCCGGGGAAGGACGCGGCUGUGGACUCGGUGACCCGCGUGCCCGCACGUUUUAAUGAAGAGCGAGCGAGCGUUUGGUUCGUUGGCCUUUCGGACGCUUCCCUGGACAUGGAUCAAGGUCACGUCCCGUGCCAGCUUUGGAUGAAGAGUGGCCCAAACAGAAGGACACAGCUUCAGUCAGACUCACUUUACAAGGCUGUCAAAGACGCAAGCGCCAGCUGCGAGAGAAGACCUGAAACCAGCACGUGGAGCUGGGGAGAUUUCGUGCAGGGCUCCAUGCACAUCUUCACCGGAAAUGGUUUAAAAGGCUUCAGAUAUAAGACAGUCAACAUCUACGAGAUGGUGGCAGCCGCCAUUUUGUGUUGUGCGUGGCCUCAGAGAGGUGAAGUAUAUUUGCUGAGCGGCCGAGUCCACCUUGACCCACAGCCCACGCCGGCACAGCGCCAGGCCGAAAACCUGCUGGAUUUGCCAUUUGGAAGUACUGACCUGCGACUUACCCGUUCCCGAGCCGUUCGGACAGGGGAUUCCGGAGUGAAGCUGCUCCGCUCUGGGACAGGUGCCAAUUGCUCACAAAAGGCGAGUGAAAAUAUCAGUGAUCUGCACGAGGAAACGUCGGGGGUGAGUGGAAAAUGCAAACUCGCAUGCGUUCGUGCAUCUAACGCAGAAAAAAGUGAAGGAUGGUUGCGAGGGGAGGGGAAGACACAGAAAAAGAGGAUCGUGAAAGAGGAGGUGGGGGGCGUUUAUUCAAGCCUGCCUGAUGCUCCUCAGGCCUUCGAGAGCCGAUCGCAUGUGUCGUGGUAACCGCAGGACCAUUUGCAUGCGGCAGACACGCUAAUUGUGUGUUUGCUAACACGCACCAUUCAGCGAGACGCGCUCCGGUCCGCAGACGGGGUUCACACACGCCUCCCAGACGCCCCGGAGGCCUCCUAUUGUUCCAGAGGCCCAGCCAAGCAGCCGGCGAGCCUAACCAGAGCCCUGCGCAGGCCUGUCGAGAGGGGGAAUUGGAAUUCGAGACCAGACGGGAUAGCGGAACGGGACGGACUCGCUGCCCCUCUCUCUCUUUCUCUCCGCAGCAAGAAAAAAGAGGCCUGUGGAAAGCGCUGCCUCCGGACGCUGACGUCCUCGCAGAUGUGUGAAAAAGUAAAGUUUGACAUGGACUAACCAAGAUGCAGCCCUGCACAGGAACUUGACAAACUAUGAACCAUCAUUAUAUGGAAAGAGCAGAAAGAAGUGUUUGACGGACAUGCGGAUGCAGACAGACAGAAAGAGAGACGCACAUUGAUCAGACUGCGAUGAGUUUGAAACGCUUCUCUUCAUGAAAGGUGCUGUUGAAGACCCCUGCUUUAUGUGUCUGCUGUGAUGUAUUGAGUUGAUUUUCAGUCGGGCUGAAGCGAGGACAUCUCUCCAGCGUAUCCCACUGUCCUUUGGGGUGAGGUAGUAGGUUGUAUAGUUUUAGGGUGACACCCUUCCUGUUAGAUAACUAUACAACUUACUGUCUUUCCUGAAGAGGCUGUAAUAUCACCGUCGUCUUCCUCUUUAAGCCUGACCACAGAUGGACCAGUGUUAUUUUAGUAUUAUUGCUAAACUGUUAUAGUUUGUGUUAAUCUUUUGAAUUAAAUUUUAUUUUAACAUUUUCAGUUUUCAUUUUAUUUGAGGUAAAGUUUUUUUUCUUUUUCUUUUUAAAUGUGUGUUAUUUUUUUUAUAUUUUAAUAUAGCUAUUUUUAGGUUUUUCAGUUUUCAUGUUUAAUUUUAGUCAAGGUUUUGGUGUGUUUUUGUCAUUUUUAUUAGUUUUAGUUUUUUAUGUUUACAUAGUUUUAUUACUUUUUAUUUAUUUAUUUUAGUUUAUUUAAUUUGUUAUUUUAAUACUUCAGGUUAAACUAAACAAAAUGAUUGUUGAAAGCUGAAAAAAGCAAAUAAAAUAGAUUUGUUUUUAAACGUUUAUUUUUAUAUUUAUAUAAAUUGUAUAUAUUUUAAUGAUUAUUGUUAUAUAUUUAAUACGUAUAUAUUUUAAUUGUAAUAAUAUAUAUAUAUAUAUAUAUUUUUUUU